AUGCGGGUGGUAGAAUGGGGGCAGGGACGGGGAGACGUGGGUACAAGUGGUGAGAGGCCGAGGGUUCCAGGGGAAGAUGGGAAUAGUGCUGGUCGUGCUGGCGGUGUUUGUCGUGGUAAUCGUUGUCGCUGUGGUCGUACUAGUGAUGGUUGUCGUAUUUGUGGUGGUGGUAAUCGUGUUUUUCGUGAUGGUGGAGGGAUUUUGGUCGUCGUCGUGGUGAAGGUGUGGUUGUUGGUAGCUGUCUUGGUGGUGUUAGUGGUGGUCGUGGUUAUGGUGGUGAAGGUGGUUGUGUUAUUUGUUGGUAGAUGUGGUGGUAGUGAUCGUGCUGGUUUUGGUGGUGGUUGUGGUGGUCGUAAUGGUAGUGUUGGUCUAGGUGGCGGCGGUUGUGGUGGUCUUAUUGGUGUUUGUAGUGGUCGUAUUAUUUGUGGUGUUGGUGUUCGAGUUGGCGAUGGUUGUCGUUGUGGUAUUGGUCGUGGUGGCGUUCGUGGUGUUGGUGUUGGUAGUGGUCAUGUUGACGGUGGUGGUGGUGGGUGUCGAGGUGGUGGUGCUCGUGGUGGUAGCGGCGGGGUCGGCGGCGGCGGUGGCUCUGAUGAUGGUGGGAAGUGGGUUCAAGUGUAUGUUUAG